ACAUACAGCUUGAUGUGGGGGUUCUACCGCAAAGGGCCCUCGGGCUUCUCCGGCGCCUCAACGGCUGAGGAGGUCACUGCCAGCGUUGACGGCCAUGGUCUGGUCGCCGUCAUCACAGGUGCGACGAGCGGCAUCGGGCUAGAGACAGCACGCGUUCUGGUGCUGCGCGGUGUGCACGUCGUCAUGGCCGUCCGCAACGUCUCCGCCGGGCUCGAUGCCAAGGCGGCCAUCGUGGCCAAGAUCCCUGGCGCAAGAAUCGACGUUCUGGAGUUGGACCUCAGUUCUAUAGCUUCCGUAAGGAGAUUCGCCUCCGAGUUCGACUCUUUGAAACUGCACCUCAAUAUUCUCAUCAACAACGCUGGAGUGCUGACAAGGAACUGCACACUUUCCUGCGACGGUCUGGAACUGCAUUUUGCAACAAAUCACAUUGGUCAUUUUCUUCUAACAAACCUCCUGUUGGAGAACAUGAAGAGCACAUGCAGGGACAGAGGCAUCGAGGGACGGAUCGUCAAUAUCACGUCUUUAGGGCAUGCGUUUUCCCACCCUAAAGGGAUAUGUUUUGAAAAAAUCCGUGACCCUUCCGGUUUCAGCAACUACACUGCUUACUGUCAAUCGAAGCUUGCCAACAUUCUUCAUUCUAAUGAAUUGUCCCGAAUCUUCAAGGAGGAAGGAGUGAAUAUUUCAUCCAAUUCAGUUCAUCCUGGUGUCAUCAUGACAAACAUUCUUAGGGAGAAGACUGCAGUUGCUGCUCUUUUUAACAUCAUUGGAAGAGUCCUGUGCAGAAGCGUAGAACAGGGUGCUGCAACAACAUGCUAUGUGGCAACACAUCCUCAAGUGAAGGGGUUAAGUGGAAAGUACUUCGCCAAUUGUAAUAUAGCUAGCCCGAGCUCGCAAGCUUUGGAUGCUGAGUUGGCCAAGAAGCUAUGGCAAUUCAGUUUGGAGACAGUUUCUUGAUUAAGCGCUUGUCUGAUCUAGUGCCGCACGUAUUAUAGUAAAUAUCCUUUUCCAGAUUCCAUGUCAGUAUAUGUUGUUAAGUAUGUCUAGAAUUUGAUUCAAAAUUGAAAAAUCAAACCACUAUAGCCCUAGAUCUUUUCAUGUGUUCAUGGCCAUAAAGCCUUAUCAUCAAAUUGGCGUCAUUGCAAGAUUGUAAAAUAUACGGACUAUAUUCUAGAGUGAAAGAAGAAUAAAGAAUCC